UCUUUGCAAAUUUUGGAAGCUGUGCGGUCGCUGAAUUAACAUUUCGAGCUUCAAACAUAUCUUUGCUGGGUUGAGGGAACAUGUCAAUUAUAUCGAGGGAAACAACAGCCGGCAUCAACAGCGAUAGCAACAACACACCAAGUAUUCCAGAAAGCAACAACGCUGCUGAGAUUAAGAAACUCGAUACGCAAACAACAAGCAAAGUAAUCUCGCUAAUCACCAGCGAAUCGGGCGUCAAAGCGGAGGCGAACGACACCCAUUUGAAUCGGCUGCAGACUCUGCGCAACGAGUUGAACUACAUCAGUGAGACGGACUGGAUGUACGAGAGUCUGGAGAAGAAGCCUCAGCAAUAG